UUAAGCCUUUGAAUCUUUGUUUGUUUUUAAAUUACCUUUUUAUUUGUACUCUUUAAGCCCUGAUGAAGCCGAAAUAACAAUUCAAAUAAUAACAUUAUUUAAACGAAAGCAUUGCUGUCUCUGUCUGUCUUCAGGUCUUAACAUGCAAAUGCAUCCGUUGAACUACACCUCCCACAAUGCACCGCGCCCGCCAGCCAGUGCGGGGUUAGAGGGCGCGUCGCCAUGGCAGCGGCUGGUUGUGACAUCAGCGCCAUUUUGCUUGAGUGUUGUGAUGGAAGCAGCGAGAAAAUCAGAAUCCGACGGAAAAACACCGAAAAUCAGACGCGAAUCAGACAAAUUCAGACCAGAGGGAGCCGAUUCGGCGAAUCAGACGGAGUCGCGUCGAGAAUCUGGACUGAAGUCGCUCGGAGGCGGAGCGAUCUGCGAUAACAGGUCUGUCGCUGCAUCAUGUGACGCUUCCCGUCCCUCAUCACCAUGAUCGAUUCCCGUGCGUCCCUGCCUCCGUCUGGACUCUGAUCAGCAGCAUCCAUGAUGAUUUAUGGGCUGAUUCCUCAGGAGUUACACGCGCAGCUCCUGGACCUCCAGAACUAUCAGAAGCGGACCAGCGGCGUGGAGGAGCUGAAGAACCUCCUCCUGGAGCUGGAUCUCCAGCAGGUCUCCUCCGGCAGCAUCGUGGAGUUCAUCCAGUUCUUACGCGAGCUCCUGGACGACAGCAACUUCAAGGUGUUGUACGGCGCGCUGCAGCUCAUCAACCUGCUGAUCGAGAAGCUGGAGUGUGAUGUGGAGCGCUAUUAUAAGGAGAUCGUGGGCGUGACGGUGCGAGCGCUGGGUGACUCGCGGAACGUGACGCGGCACGAGUACAUGAGCGUCUUCAGGCAGCUGAUGAGGAUGGUGGGGCCGCAGAAGGUUCUGGAUCUGGUGGUGGCUCAGCUCAAGCACAGGAACUCCAGGGUUCGAGAGGACGUCAUCAACAUCAUCACGGCUGCCAUGCUCACACACCCGCGCAAGGACUUCGACAUCCCCGGCUUGUGCGCUGAAGCGGCGCCGGCGCUCGCCGACAGCAAGAAGAAGGUGCGUCACGCGGCUCUGGAGCUCUUCGCCGUCUUCGACUACUGUCUGGACACGGGUAAGAAGCAGCCGCUCAUGAAGGCCGUGGAUCGAGUGGAGCUCGCCGGAGGCGCCGAGGGCCUCAUGGCUGCUGUACAGGCGCGGCGUGCGCGGCACAUACUCCCUCGACUGUCCCCUGACGGCACGGUAGAGUAUGCUCUGGUUCUUCCCAGACCGGGACAGAGACGGCCGCCUCAGCUGGGCUCCGGGGCCGAUCUGGACUGGGUUCUGAAUGGAGGCCGGGUUCACAGCUCUCGCUCAGACGUGGAUCUGACAGAUAACACGCCUCAGCAGAGGAGGAUGGUGAGCGCUGGCAAGAACAAACUGCCCUGGGAGAGAUCGGCCCUCUCUGUGGAGCUUCAGACCAAUGGAGGGUCACCUGAUCAGCAGGUUAGCAGUGGAGAUCCGUCCUCAUCCAUUAAACUCCGUCAGGACACAGGUGCCAAACACAGUCCAUCAGAACCUCUGCAGUCUCCAGGCCGGACUCGCAGGUCACUGGGUCGACUGCGCCGCAGCGGGAGUUUGGACUCGGAUCCAGACAUUUUCAAAGCAACCAAUCCCUCCGAGUCUGAGAAAGGUGAUGCCACUGAUCGCUCACGUGUGUCAGACGAGGUCGUGCUGAACCCAGCUUUUAUAAGUUUGCCCAAGACGAGUCGUUUCCCGUCGGGCGGCGCUGAGCGAACGUUCUCCCUCCCGACUAACUCCACACCUCCGGGCUCGUUUCUGCUGCCCUCGUACCCGCUGACCGUGCUAGCAGGGAGUCUGCUGACCCCGACCUUACCAUGCAGAAACCACGCUGACCCCUCGCUGUCCAUGUCCAACACGUGGCCCAACAAACAUGACUUCAGCCCUCACCGCAGGAGCGACAUCGCUGGUGAGGUGAGCUGCAGUAAACGCUCUCCGCUGCCUCCAUCCGUCCGUCAGAGCCCAAACACCAGCAGACAGACGGACAAACACCUGGACAGAAACCUGCAUCUGGAGCUGUCGGUCAGCAGCGGCGCAGGAGAGCCAGAGGACGAGCCGCUGGACCGCGAGGAGAUGCUGAACUCCUUGCGCUCGUUGAGGAACAGCGCUGCUAAGAAGCGGGCCAAAGUCAGCGCGAGCAGCUCUGAGCCGGAUCUAGACAGUCCAGACUCGGCGGUGAAGCUGGAGCUGGUUCCUGAUUCUCCGGAGCAGACAUCUCCAUCCGUCACCAGCCCUCUGAGCGAGAGCGGCCUGAGCAGCCUGUACUCGCCCCCGUCACCCAACGGCACCAAGAGCAGCCCUGUGAACUCUGCUGCGAAACCACGAGUGCCAUCAGGAAGACACGUCACGAGGGACGUCAGCGCUCGAGGUGUGUAUGUGAAGCACACGAGCACAGCUGCAUACGUGCUGUCAAACGUGUGUGUUACCUGUCCUCUGUGUGUGUGUGUGUGUGUGCUAGUGUUUCUCUCAGGAUCUCAGCAGCGCGUGUCGUGCAGUCGUGACAUGUCUGAGGGCGUGAUCGGACGAGGUCAGUUCACCGCUGUUUUACUGUCAGCUGAUCUAAAGCACAGCCGCUCUCAUCCUCGCUCGUCUUCUUCCCUCAUGUCUGCAGGAGUGUUCGGUUCGGCUGUUCUGCCCAAUCGUCUCAGUGUGGUGUCUUCUCCUGAGCAGGGCGACUCGGCCGGUAAAAUCACCCGUGAGCCUCCGUCAGGCGUGUACGGACACGCCUUCACCAGCGCACUUCUCGAGUCUGACGCCAGUCCUGAACCAGAGGAGAGAGUCAGACUCUCUAGGUUUGCGAGCGACAAGAUGCGUCAGCGGCGUCUGGAGUGGCAGGACACGCCCCCCGCUCAGGACCCAAUGAGACGCCGCCUGCUCAUCGAUGAUGUGAAAGACGGGAGUCUGAACGGUUGUGAGUGGCUCUCUGAUGAAUCUCCCUCCAGCCCGACUGGAUCGCAGAAUACAGUUAAAUUUCUAAGCCCCGCCCAUCAGCCCGCCCCCCCGACCGGCCCGCCCAAUAGGAACGCAGCACCCCGACUGAGACGAGCGUCUAGUUUGAACCGCACCAGACCGCCUGUGUCACACAGCUCCGAUGAGCUGAUUCCUGUGAGUCUGAAGAAAGAGGGUCAGAAUCAGGAAGACCUGCAGCCGUUCUCUAAACCGGAGCUGGCGCUGACGCAGAGCUUCAGACUGAUCGCCUCAGACGACUGGGAGAAGAAGAUCGAGGGGAUGAACUUCCUGCGUAGUUUGGCUCAGUAUCAUCCUGACGUGCUCAUGAGCAGGAUUCAUGACGUGUGUCUCGCUCUCAUUCAGGAGGUUCGUAACCUGCGCUCCGGCGUGUCUCGUGUGGCUGUGGUGACGCUGGGAGAGAUGUUCGCGGUGCUGCAGAAGGGAAUGGAUCAGGAGCUGGAUGGGACGGUCAGAGCUCUGCUGCAGAAAGCCGGAGAAUGCAACGCCUUCAUCAGACAAGACGUGGAGCGAGCGCUGGAGAGCAUGGUGCAGCACUGCACUCUCACACGCAGCAUGAGCGCGCUGCUCGCCGGAGGACUCGGUCAUCUGAACUCAGUAGUGCGUAAGUGUGCGGCUCUGCAUCUCAGCGGUCUGGUGGAGCGGGUCGGAGCCGCUCGUCUGCUGUCUGGAGCUAAAGAUCUGACCGACCGCAUCCUACCAGCCGUCUGUAAGCUGGUGCAGGACUCGUCUCAGGAGGCCAGGUACUUUGGUCGACGCAUGCUGCUGUUUUUGUCCUCUCACCGUGACUUUGAUAAAAUGAUGGAGAAGUUCAUCUCUGCUAAAGACCUGCCGACCAUCAGAGACGCCGUCUUCACUCUCAAAACCAAGGGCUUGGGGGAGAUGCCUCAGGACGCUCCGUCGGCGCGGGGCAGGCGCUCUCUCUCAGGCAGUGGGGUGAUGCGCACCUCGUCCCUCACGCGUGAUCCUCUGAGCGGCAGCAGGGACUGCGGUCAGGCGGGGAGUAAAGCGGCCUUCCACAGCCUCGCAGACCGGAGCGAGUACGUCAAACAGAUGAAGACACUGCUCAACUCCAAGGACUUCAGGGAGAGAAUCAAGGCCAUCGAUCAGCUGGUGUGCGACUGCGAGGAGAACCCGGCUCUGGUCAUCGGCAGCCUGUUCCCGGUGUUUGAUGCUCUGAAGGCUCGUCUGCAGGAGUCCAACAGUAAGGUGAGCCUGCGGGCUCUGGAGUCUCUUCAGCCCAUCAUCGCUCUGCUCAGAGACAGUCUGGCUCCAGUGCUCAACAUCCUGAUCCCCGCCGUCGUGGACAAUCACCUCAACUCCAAGAACAGCAGCAUCUCCACGGCAGCGCUGGGAGCCGUUCAGGCUCUGAUGCACAACAUCGACAACAGCCUCCUGCUGCAGCCCUUCUGCUCCAAAGCCCAGUAUCUGAGCGGGAAAGCCAAGCUGGACCUCAUCGAGAGAGUCGCAGAGCUGGUGACGGAGCUGUACCCGCGCAGACCGCAGCUGGUGGAGCAGAAGGUUCUCCCGCUCUUCUGGACGCUCCUCGGCUCCUCUUCUAACAGCGGGAACGUCCGGAUGUCCACAGCGAAGCUUGCCGAGGCGCUGCACGCACACAUGGGCCAGACGCUGCUGGAGAGCGCCGCUUCACAGCCUGCAAGCGUGCAGAGCGAGCUGAACCAGCUCCUGAGAGCCCUGCAGUGCCUGACUGAUGAUCUCACUCACGGCUGAAGAAACACUCGCUUUCUGACGCUUUGCACUUUCAUGAGUCGCGUGCUUCAGCACUACAGAAUGUGAUCUUCAAAUGCACAAUCACUCCGAUGUUGUUCUGUACCGUGUGCUCUGAACAUUUCUACCAGACCUGUGUUUGUGCAGGAUUUACACCAGACUUUUCUACUGUAUAAUAGCGCAGUAUUAGCUGUACGGUGUAUAUGUUUUGCGAAUAUUGACUUCAUUAUGGCCUGUUUUAAGUGCGACCCGUCCUGGUUUUUUUGCAUGACCAAAUUAAUUGGGGUUUU